AAGUGGAAGCCCUGGAGUACGUGUGGAGCAUCUUGCAGGGCGUGGAGGAGCAGCAGCAGGAGGAGGAGUUCAGGGGAUUUGAGCUGAGGGAGGUGCACAAGGCCAGGAUGGCGAUGUUCAGGCUGGAGCGCAGAGCCACCGCCUGCAAGGAGGCCCUGAGGGUGGUGCUCCAGAGGAUACGUGGAGGCUCCUCCGUGCCGCCGGCCUCCUCCGCCCAGGCUGCGGCGGUGUCGCUCAGCGCUCGCUCUCGCUACGGCCUGCGGCAGCGCGAGAGGAAAGUCUACACAGAGGUGGAGGAGCCCCAGGACGACGACUUCUUCUUCUGCGAGCUGUGCAGGGAUUUCUACCUGGGGGAGUGCUCCGUGCACGGCCCGCCAGAGUUCAUCGCGGACGCGGCCGUGGCCCCGGGAGUGGCCGACAGGGCCCGGCUCAGCCUGCCCCAGGGCCUCACCGUCGGCGCCUCCUCCAUCGCCGGCGCCGGCCUCGGGGUGUGGAGCAACAGGAAGAAGCUGCCCAAGGGGGUGAUGUUUGGGCCCUACCAGGGAGAGGUGUCUGAGGAGAACCCCGUGAGCGAGUACUGCUGGCUGAUUUACAAAAACAAAAAGGAUCGUGAAUAUGUUGACGCUCAGGAUGAAUCUAAAUCAAACUGGAUGAGGUUCGUCAACUGCGCGAGGAAUGAGCAGGAGCAGAACCUGGUGGCCUUCCAGCACCGGGGGCAGAUUUACUACCGCACGUUCCGUGCCGUGGGGCCCGGCUCUGAGCUGCUGGUCUGGUACGGCGAGGAGUUCGCCCAGGAGCUGGGCAUCGCCUGCGAGGCCGAGCCCUCGCGACGCCGCAGCAGCAGCAGCAGCGAGUUGGCUCCCAGGGCCACCGCCAGAGACCUGCAGCCCGUGCAGCCUCCACCAAGCGAGGAACACUGUGAGCACCGCUCACCAGAGACUCACCACUGCUCACCAGACUAUAGCCACCACUCACCAGAGAUAAUAGCCACCACUCACCAGGGAUGA